AUGUCGGCCGCUCAGGAAGAGUUCACUGAGCUCAUGAGAGACAAGGAUCGGAGGACAAGGCAUCCAGAUGACGAUAACGGCGACGACGGCAGGUCAUUCCUCAACCUAUCAGAAGAUGACGAGCCCACGCCUUCAUCUUCACGUUACCCCGACAUGGACGCCCCCAGACCCAGCAUGAGCAGUGCACGAAGCACAAUUCCAAUGAAGAGAUAUGGAGCCAACACUGGCCCCAAGGGUGUCAUAUCCGAUGCGCAAGACUUCAGAGAUUCUCGACGCAGCCAGAGAAUGUCCAUGCGGAAUUCGCCCAGUCUCGUAGCCAACACCCAGACGCUGUCAUUGAAAGAUCGAGCCGCGCCAGAGAAGGUUGAAGAAGAGGACGAGGAAGAUCUGGAAGACGACGAUUUCAUGCAGUCGUGGAGGCAGAGUAGAUUGAAAGAGAUGCAGAAUGGUCCACGGGAGAGCAACAUGCACCGGAACGGACAACAGAGGAGACUGUUUGGCGGUCUGACCACAGUGGACGGAGAUGGAUACCUUGAUGCUGUGGACAAUUCGGGCUCCGAUACAGUGGUGGUGGUGUACAUUUUUGACGACUACUCUCAAGUCAGCGAUCUGAUCGAGCGGUGCAUACGAACAUUGGCGAGCAAACACCAGGACACACGAUUCGUGAAGCUGCACUAUGAAGAUGCGCAAAUGGAGCCGGCUGGUGUUCCUGCGGUCAUUGCAUACAGAGGCGGCGACAAGUUUGCAGGUUUGGUUCCAGUCAUCGAUGAGAUCCCAGACGAUGCUGAGCUGAGCGCACUCACUCUUGAGACGGUCAUGAAGAGGCACCAAAUCCUGGUUUGA